AUGGGCAAGAAAUCACUUAACCCGUGGGUUGCAGACUGCGUGUGGCAUGAGCUCGCGGCAGUGACCACGUGGAAACAAGAAACUAUCACCGGUAUCAAGCCGGAUCCAGAGUCGAGAUUUGAGGAUGAUGGGAGCAACUUCAGAAGCAGAGUAUCUGGGCAGGAACAGUGUCUUGUGCAGCUCAUUGAGGUCUUGGCUGCAGUAGAGCCUGUCAAAGUGAUCCUGUCUGAUGGCGUGACCAAGAUCAAGGCACAACUCGCAAAAGAUGUCGUGACACUGCUGGAAACAGAAACCGAGGAGACCUUCAGCUCCGAGGUGACUGGCGAUGUCUUCCAGCUCACCAACUUCACCAUCAUCAGCACAAUAUUCGGACCUGCCGACGACUUUGUGCAACUAUCUGUUGAGGGAGCUGAAUACGAACAUCAUUUACGCAAGCUUCAAGGCGAGCCAAAGCCCAUCGAGCAAGAUGAAGAUGUACGACUUCUCUUAGAGGAUAUCACGAAGUUACGAUGUCCACCCAUCAAGGAGGAGCAGACGACUGUCGACAGGUCCGAUGGCCGCAUUUCAACGCUUGUACCGAGCACGCAGUCGCAAUACCUACCUUCCGGCAUACAGAGUCAGUAUCCGGCCAGCAGACAGCGAGCGGUGGGACCGAGCCUGAACACGGAGGGCUUCCAAGUCGCACAGGGACUCAACCUUCACAGGCCAAUACAAGCUGCAUCUGAUUCGCUGGCUAGCAAAGCAACAUCUGCCCUCACAAACACUAAUAGUGUGCUGAUGGGUCUUCUCGCGCCGCAGAAGGCUCCAGAAGCUGUACCGCCACCUUCACUUCAGCCCAUCAUCGGCCAAAAGCGCGCGCGUGAGGCAUCUCCACCGGAGUCCCGGCCGAGGCAAAGCCCGAUGCGUCAGCACAAAAGCUCUGGUGUAGUUGCGGAGACGCCUGCCAAAGUCAGCGAUCGACCCAUCGAAGUACUCUCAGACUCUGAUCCGGAGCCAGAAGAAAGGACACGAUCGCAGCAAGCCCAAGCUAUCGUACCUGCCGCCUCGAAUCGAAGUCCUCCCUCAGCUCAACCUCCGCCACAGGUCACUAGCGUCAAGUCGUCAGGCUCGAGUGGACAGUCACGAAUCCCGUAUGGAAGACGAAAGGUACCAGCCAACCAACAGAAGCUAUUAGAUGACAAGUCGUGCUGGAUACCCUCACAGCCCGGAUAUCGCUUCCCUCAGCCGAACGUUCCGAUUGAGCUUUUGACGAAAUGGAACAAGACUGCAACGCCCUCGCCUCGCAAGCCAGGAGCUACGCAGGAAAGCGACGCUCGAAACCUCCAAAGCCCAGGCUUGCCCACUGAUGUGCCGAUGGAUGACGACGAUGCACGAUCGUCAGUCAACACUUCAGAUGUAUCGAAUGAUUCAGACGAUGGAGAGUUCAGCUCGGAGGAUUGGCCCCCGAGUUCUCCACCUCGUCGCCCAGAGUUGCCGCCUGACAGCUCGUGGGAAAAUGACAACGUGAUACAAGGCACGCAACAGGAUGAUCUUGAGGUUGCAGUACCACGAGCUCUGCCCGUCAGGAAGUCACCAAGUAGGCCUUCAGGCCCGUCGAUGCAGCCGCCCACAAGACAUGCUCUUCCACCACGUCCACCAGUGUCGGUACCUAGUCGAGCUGCCAUGAACGAUGUUGUUUCGCCAUCAGCAAGUCUCGGAAUGGCGUCGCAGCGAUCAUUGCCUCCAAACUCGUCAAUUGGUGCGUCGACCCGGCAAGGAGCUUCACAAGCAGCGCUGCCGCAAUCUCAAAUUCCGCCUCAGCAAGUUCGCAUGUCGCCUCAAGCUUCACAGGGCUCUGUCCAUAGCUCGCCAUACCCCGAAGUGCGACGACUAAGCGAUGUUGUCGCGCAGGAAGGCUUUUCUGUGCCACAACAACCUGCUGUGAGGCCACAGCGCCCGAGACCAUCCAACUCACCUAUCAGCACGAUGCGCACAGAGCGCAGCGCGGGUAGCCAGGUCUCACUCAAGUCUGACAUUGACCCCUACACUUUAUCAGAGCCGCAGCUACGACGACUUCUCAUCGCGCAUGAUAUCCCGUAUUCCUCAUCAGCGAAAAGAUUCGAGCUGGUGGAGCUGUUAGAAGGACGAGACGCUCGAUUGCAACAGGAACUCGCACAGACGCGGCUACGGUUGGCUGAUCUUCAGGACAAGAAGCGUCGCAAGGCCGAAUCCUCCGCACAGUCUCGGGUGAAUGGAGGCGAUGCUACCGGCAACGAGACGCUGGAUAUGACCGCUGCACAGCAAUCUCCUCCCCGAUCUUCGUUUCGCAAUCCCACUAUGGUAGGCAGGAAACCUCCAGCCGUGCAAGCAAGCCCGCUUGCAACGCCAUUACGAAGGCAGGGCUCUGAUGAUGCGGCCGCAUUACCGCGACACCCUCAGGGAAGCUCGCCGACAGUGCAUACGACUGGACGCUCCGUCACCGGACCGGUCACGAUUGCACAGUCUCCUUCACCCGCAUUGUCCGAUCAGGGUCGCACAGCUUUGUCUGCUGAGACAAGUCGCUCGCGAGGCGCUCAGCAAGCCUCGCCAACCCCACGCGGUGGCACUCGUCUAGCGAUGCCGUCUGACCCAACUGCGUCUCAUGCUGCUUCGCAGCCACCACACCCCGACGAGCUACAUUGUCUUGCGCGAAGGGACCACUUCGGCCGCAGUGGUCGUCGCGAGACUUGGAUCGAAGACAACUUCGAGCGAGUGAAUUACGGUAAUAAGACUGUCAAGUCCAUCUUCGAUCUGUACAAGGAACAACACCCCGAAGACCCGGCGACCGACCUGGACAAGAUUACUCGAGCCGCUCAGAUUGUGUUCCGCUCGUCUCGCGAAGCAUUAGCGACGGCGAGAUUUCGUCGUGUCAAUAUGCUUGCUGUGCCAGCGCCAGCCGUGACCAACAAAGAGCAGGCACUGCCUGUUGAGUCAACCAGACCGGCCCAGCCAUCGUCCUCUGCCCAGAGGCAAGGACUUCAAUCCGGUCCCAGCAAUGCGACUCCGACCCAGCUCGACGGUACCAGCGAACAUCCCGCAUCCGCACCAAGAAGCAAAGCCAAACGGCGUGGAAAAGCUCGGCCAAUAACGGAAAUAGACGGUGCGCAAGAUGAGGCGCACGAUGUGUUGCAAAUGCAGGACUUAACAGCGGCUGACACGCGCAGCAGAUCGGCGCUUGAUGACCGAGUGGAGGAAACGGUGAUGAGCAGUACUUCCAGUGAUGCCUUGAGGGAGUUCUGUCAGAACUGGCUGAACAUCCGGCCUGGUGGUGCGUUUGCGAAACCUCACGCUGCACCGCGAAGGGUUAGGAGGAAGGUUGACGUGCUGGGUUGGGAUAUAUGA